AACCUAUGUAACAAAAGUUUAAUAAAGAGACGAUUUUUUUGCGACAACAUAGCAAUAGCAAAAUUUUUUAACAACAUUUUUUGACGUGUAGAAACGAAUUGUGAAUUCUAAAAUGAUCAAGGAUCAGCAGAUAUUGAUCGCGCUUUUAAUGUGUUGUAUUAUGUUUCACAUUUACGUCAACGCCUGGAACAACCGCGGUAGACACAGAAUCGCAGAUAGAAGACGAUUGUGGCAGAUAAAUGAUACCGGAUCUGCCUUUUCGAGACCAGCAGGGAUAAUGAAACGCAAAUGGGACUCGUCAAAAUUUCCGAACAAUAAUCACACUCAAAUUGCUAGGGAAAAAAGACUCUUCUCGCUGUUCACGGUAGUCAAGUUCGACAACGGCAUCUGCGGUGGAUUGAACGGGGAGAAUGGCACGUGCGUUGCAGCGGCAGAAUGCGCGCAACGUGGGGGCAUCUCCAGCGGCGUUUGCGCAAAUGGUUAUGGGGUUUGUUGCAUAGUUACGGUGUCCUGUAGCGGGAUGACCGCUGACAAUAACACAUACUUUGUCAACCCCAACUAUCCGUCCACUUUCGACGGAAUGGAAUCGUGUCAGGUGACACUAAUGAAAUCGAAUCCAGAUGUAUGCCAGUAUCGAUUAGACUUCGUACAAUUCAAUAUCAGAGGUCCAGAAACCAUGAAUAACGUCUGCGUUUAUGAUCAAUUUAUCGUUUCCGGUGGCAAUCCGGUGCCGACGAUAUGUGGUAACAAUGACGGAAAUCACAUGUAUAUAGACACGGGUGUCGGGCAAACCAACCCGGUUACUUUGACCUUUGUCACAAGCGGAAACUCUUAUUCCCGAUCGUGGAAGGUUCGAAUUUCACAGAUACCUUGCAGUACAAUAUAUCGAGCUGAAGAGGGUUGUCUUCAGUAUUUCACCGGAGUUUCCGGCCAAAUAAAGUCCUUCAAUUAUGAUCCCACGACUGGACUACAAUUGUCGAAUCAAGAUUAUAGUAUAUGCAUUAGGAUGGAAAGAAACUUUUGUGGUAUCCAGUACAUGGCGUGUCUUGACGAUGCUCAAGGGAUGAUGCCUACAUUAGGCAUUACAACGGGGCAAGUAAUGCGUAGUAAUGCAUUCACAUUAACGGGUAAUACCCAGGCUACACAAAUAGUGUCGAUGACAGGAACGGCUUGUAUGACCGAUUGGCUGUCAAUACCGUGUGCUACAAAUCUUGGUCGGUUACCCUCAGUGUCAUUAACAUGCAUUGAUCGAUUGUGUGGCGGUACUUUUAACUCUGAAACCCAGAACUUGAAUGGGUCGUCUGUUAUCAGCACCGUAAAGCCGUUUAGAUUAAUUUUUCACACGGAUAGCACCGAGGGACCUGGCGAUGUUGGAAACAGAGGUUUUUGUCUCAAUUACGUGCAACAACCAUGCACAACAAAAUUAAAAUAAAAACUAUUCCAUUAUAAUCAAAAUACUAAAGCAUAAGUUUACGGAAUUCCAAUUUUUAUUUCGUAAUUUUUAACACACAUAUUUUUUGUAUAACCAUGUCGAUGUCGACGAAUGAAGAGUUUGCAUAAAAGCAACUUACAUAACUUAUAUAAAUGUGCUGUCAUAUAUAAAUCAAAAAGUACGCAUAUCUUUCUCAACUUGCAUGAACAUUCUUUUUUUUACAUUCACAUUACGUACAUUUCUGUACAAGAUCGAAUCUGAGAAAAGAAACACGUUUUUUUCAAAUUUUUAGUAGAUGUGUACUUAUAUGAAAUCGAUGACGAAAUAAAAUAAUCGAUAAAACAAACUAUAAAAAAUGGGACGGUAAGGAUUGUCGUCAUAAAAAUUAUCGUGCUAUAGUAAUUAAUCGAUUAAUUACAUAGAACAAUAGCGGUAGAAUUUACAAUUACAACAUUUAUGAUUUUCACAAACUUUGUAUUAUUAACGUCUGCAGAUUGGUAGACUGAUUAAAGAGGGGAGAGGGAUAUAAUGUAACUUAAAUGAACGUUAUAGAUGUGUACAUGCAUUUAUACAUUUAAUAAAAUUAGAGAUAACUUCCUCCAUCUUA